GUAAUCAAUCGCACCAUAAUAAAUUGCAUUUAUCAUAUCAGAGGUCGGCAUUAGAGUUUCCCGCGGCCCUCAGUCUUGGGAUGAUGAAUGAAUUCAAAUCUGCCCAGUAGAGAAAACCAUGCACUCCCACCUCCUGCUUUUCUACAGUUUUGACUAAACCGCCGUUUAUGAACGAGUCAACCCCCACCUCCCUAAAUACCCCAGAACACCGAAUUGUUUUUCCUUCUGGUAGGCAUGUAUGAGAAUCGACAGGCUUCUUGAGUUUUAUGUCCCUGGAUUCUUGAUUUUUGCCCUCUGGUCUUCAUGUUUUGAGCAGCGAGAGGUUUCUUGCUUUGUUGAGUUUUACGUUUGACAGAAUCUUGGAAUUUCUCAAGUUCAAGAAGCAGUAGGUGGAGGAGAUGGAUUCGGCGGAGAAACGGCUCAACGAGCUUGGGUACAAGCAAGAACUGAGAAGAGAAAUGACCUUAUUCAAAACACUAGCCAUAUCCUUCUCAACAAUGACACUCUUCACUGGGAUCACCCCUCUCUAUGGUUCCAGUUUACUGUAUGCAGGGCCUGCCCCUCUUGUUUGGGGCUGGAUUGUCGUCUCGUUCUUCACCUGGUUCGUCGGCCUCGCCAUGGCCGAGAUUUGCUCCUCCUUCCCCACUACCGGCUCACUGUAUUUCUGGGCUGCACAUUUAGCCGGCCCGAAAUGGGGCCCUUUUGCUUCUUGGUGCUGUGCUUGGCUCGAGACAAUAGGGCUGAUUGCAGGCAUAGGGACACAGGCCUAUGCAGGAUCUCAGACGCUGCAGAGCAUCAUUCUGCUAUGUACUGGUACAAAUAAAGAUGGGGGAUACUUUGCUCCUCGAUGGCUGUUCUUGUGCAUGUAUAUGGGGCUCACCGUUAUAUGGGCAGUGCUGAACACAUUUGCGCUGGAAGUCAUUGCAUUCAUCGAUAUCAUCUCAAUAUGGUGGCAGGUGAUUGGUGGAUUAGUAAUAGUCAUUAUGCUUCCUCUUGUGGCCCUGACUAGGCAGCCGGCUUCAUAUGUUUUCUCCUCAUUUGAAAUGGCGCCCGACUCGACAGGGAUAUCUAGCAAACCGUAUGCAGCCAUUCUUGCUCUUCUUGUCAGUCAGUAUUCUCUUUAUGGAUACGACGCCGCAGCCCAUCUGACUGAAGAAACAAAGGGUGCUGACAAGAAUGGUCCUAUAGCAAUUCUCUCAAGCAUAGGGAUCAUUUCAGUAUUCGGAUGGGCAUAUAUAUUGGCUCUUACCUUCAGCAUUCAGGAUCCUUCUUACCUGUAUGACAAAUCUAAUGAGACUGCGGGCGUAUUUGUUCCAGCUCAAAUACUCUAUGACGCGUUUCAUGGCCGAUAUCACAGUGCUACUGGAGCAAUAAUUUUGCUCUUUAUCAUUUGGGGUUCGUUCUUCUUCGGGGGGCUGUCGAUAACCACCAGUGCAGCCAGAGUUGUUUACGCUCUGUCAAGAGAUAAAGGAGUUCCAUUCUCAUCAGUAUGGAGAAGAAUCCACCCAAAGCACAAAGUACCUUCAAAUGCAGUAUGGCUUUGUGCUGCUAUCUGCAUUCUUCUGGGGCUACCAAUCCUGAAGGUUAACGUAGUCUUCACUGCCAUAACGUCCAUAUGCACGAUCGGAUGGGUUGGUGGCUAUGCUGUGCCCAUCUUUGCCAGACUGGUGAUGGCAGAGGAGAACUUCAAUGCCGGACCAUUCUACUUGGGCAGGGCAAGAAGGCCAGUUUGCUUAGUAGCCUUUCUCUGGAUUUGUUACACCUGCUCGGUCUUCCUUCUGCCGACGUACUACCCCAUCACUUGGGAUACUUUCAACUAUGCACCAGUUGCUUUGGGUGUUGGUCUGGGCUUGAUUAUGCUUUGGUGGAUGGUGGAUGCAAGAAAAUGGUUCAAGGGCCCUGUUAGGAAUAUCGACACGCCCAAUGGAAAGGUUUGAUACCAAAUUGUCGGGCUGGCGAAGGUAAGGGAUAAUUACACUGCCACUGUCUUGAUGUUUAAGCAUAUUUCAUUACAUAUUCUUUGUAAUGCAUAAAAUUUCGAGAGCAUCGAUGUAAUUAUCACCACACAUAAUGCAGAGUCCUCUGAUUAAAUAGAAAUAUAGUUCCCACUGUCUCCAGUACUAUAUACACAAACAUGUUGCAUUUGGUAUUAUUCCCCAUUUAGGUACUUGUCACUCAAAGACAAUGUCAAUUUGCUCAAGUGUACAGUUCAUAAAUCUUACAUCUGUAGCCUGGUGUACUAACUUUAGAAGGGGAACUCUUGCAUUAGCACUAGAUAGUCCUGAAGGAGAAUGUUUCAGGUUGACAUGUUCAUGAAACCAGUU